AAACAAAGAAUGGAUUCUGCUCAGUUCUUAUGUAAGGUUGUAUUAAUUGGGGAUUCAGGAGUGGGCAAGACAUCCAUUUUGAACAAAAGAAUUUAUGAAAAAUUUACAUUCCACACAACUCAUACUGAAUUAGGUUAAAUGAAUUCUUUAAAACUAAAAAUUAAUGGAAUAGAUAUAACUCUUAAAUUAUGGGACACAGUAUUAUUCUUUACUAAUAUUAGGCAGGAUAAGAAAAAUAUCGAACAAUUACCAUAUAAUUUUAUAGAGAAACAAAAGGAGCAUUUCUUGUUUUUGAUAUGACUAAUCAUCAAAGUUUUGAUAAUAUCAAAUUUUGGGCUAAAUAAUUAAGAAAUCAUGGAGGAGACGAUGUGAAGAAAGUAAUACUAGCAAAUAAAUGUGAUUUAACAGAUAAAUUAGCUGUAACUGAGGAAGAAAUCACUGAUUUAGCAAAAUAAAUUAAUGCCAAUUUCUUCAUAGUAUCUGCCUACAAUAGCGAGAAUAUUAUAGAAUGUUUUGACUUUAUGGCAGCAGAAUUAAUUAAAAAUUGCUAUAAAUAAUAAUAAGAAAGCCCUAAUUUUCAACAUAAACAACUUUCCCAAAAUACAGAAAGUUUUUUGGAUUAAAAAUAGAAGAAGAAGUAAAAUUAAGGAUGUUGUUGA